AGGUGCUUUAACCUGAACUUGCAUGGCCAUCGUUUCCUGAUCACCCUGUGCUCAACAAUGUCACUGCCAUUUUCUGUUCAUUACUUUGACUCGGCUGUCGAGCCAUCCAGUCCAUCUCCUCCGAACCUUUACGCCUCCAAGAGCGACAAGGUAGAAGGCAAGUCCUGUAGCAGGUGCAGGAGCCACAAGAUCAAGUGCGAUCGCUACCGGCCGUGUGGGAAGUGCCUGAGGGUGGGCGCCGCAUCGGACUGCGAUGCGAUCCGAGACAUGACGACCUGUCUUAUCUGCAAGCGAGCGAAGCUCAAGUGUGACCGGCAGCGACCUUGUGCCUCCUGCAUCCGUCGGGGGAAGGAGAAGCACUGCAUCAACAGCGACGGCUUCCAGGCGCUAGUUGAGCAGACACAGCAAGCAAGCAUGAUCGAUCGCCCGCUGCCCUUGAGCCUGUCGAUGAUCAUCAAAGAUAUGCCCCUGCCC